UAAUCUCUCUCUCUCACUACACAGCUUGACGAUGGCAUGCCUACAGAGUGUGUUCUCCUAUCAGCCUAUUGUUUGGGAGAAAGAAAUCCCUUUUUCAGGAUUUUGCAGGCCAUAAUCUGAGGAUGUAAGCAGGAAAUGCACUUUUUAGAUUAGUUUAGGUGUGACAUGAGGAGUUUCUCUGGAAAGAGACUGUGGUUGUUUUUAUUAAGGUUUCUGUGCUUGCAGACUGCUGUUUUUACUCAUUUGUGACGGGAAAGAAAGAACAGUAUUCACAGACCGGUUUUGUUUAGGCUGCCUUAUCUUAUUUUCUUCUCACAAAAGAUGAAUGUUUGAUGUUUGGGCUGCAGGAUGAAGAAAAAAGUGGCCUGUGGCCCUGGGUCACUCUGGCUGGAACCUGGUAUCGAUUGGUUGAGCUGGAUGUUUGUCUUCUUCACGGGGAUACUGAGAGUGACCUGCAUUGAAGCUUCAGUGAAUCCUGACCUGACUAUACCUCCAUUGCUGUUUCCUGUGUAUUUUCCUGCCAAUGUUGAGAUUCUGAACUCCCCCCAUUUUUACCACGUGAAACAACUUCAGCAAGAUCUUCUGCUGAAUGCUAGUUUGAAAACUCGAACAGAAGCUUUCAUGGUAUAUCGUCCCUCUGUGGUCCCUGUGAUUCAAGCAUCUUUCCCACCUUUCUUGGUGAAACAGGAUUUGCCAGCAGAUCUUGUGACCCCAGGCCGAGCACUGAUCUCACCAGAUGACGAGAUUUUUACCAGACACGUACAGAUAUUUAUUGUGGAGGAAACGGUCUCUCCGGCUAGGCCAUGGAUUCGUGUUCUAUUCCACUUAACUGGUUUGGGACAUAGCACUGAUGGUUCAUUACCUUGUGUUCAUCUGCAUGCAGUUUGUGAGACUAAGGAAGUGAGGAAUAGCUGCAGAAUUCAGAGUGACCUCAGGGCAUGUCUGGCUGAAGUGUUAAUCCCUUUGAGUUGGUUUGGAGCACCGGAUGCCGCAGCAGAGCACCAGAGUAACACUAUCAAACUUUAUUAUACAUUGGACCCACCAGACUUGCAUGGCAACUGUAAUCAAAAUAAAGACUGGAAGAAAUCUGACUCUGGCUGGAGGUGGCAUGAGUCUGAGUCCCCGGGGGCGAAGAUGAUUUACAUUGGAGCAGUUGUGAUGAAACUGACUGAGGCAUUACCAGUUGAGGAGCUUAGGCUAGACCGUAGCAUUCUGGCUCGCCUCCCUCACAAGACAUUUCGGCCUGGAGAAAUCUUUACUGGAUCUCUUACCGUAGCAACAAAUUUUAGUUCCGACUUGCUGACACUGAGAUUGAAACUAAAGAAAGGGUUAAAUGUCCUGUCUGCUCAAUCUUCUGAUCCAGAUCGGUGGAAGGUGAAGCUGGAACGGUCUCAUGGCUCUAAGCACCAUGUUGCUGUCAUUACUUGUCGUCAGCUAAUGGUUCAGAAGGAAUGGAGGGGCACUGGAGAUUUUUAUGAAUUGCUGAAGCUGGAAUUUGAAACUGAGAAUAUUACAAGGGCAGCAGUGACACGACGAAUCUCUUGGCAAGUAGAGUACCCUGGCCGUGACCCCCUGCUGGACACUGACAAAGUCAUUUCAGAGAUUGUGACAGUGCAGAAUGACAUUCUUAACAUUUUUCCUCUUGCCAUGGAGACUGAAAUUAUUAACACUGCAAUAUUGACUGGGAAACCCAUCAAUGUUCCUGUUCGAGUUGUGGCAGUAGAGGACACGGGACAGCUUAUGGAUCUUUCUGGAUCCACUGGUUGCAGAUCCAAUAAUCAGGAGGCCUUAAAGGUUUCUGAGGGUUGUGACUAUGUUUUUGUGAGUGGCAAGGAGAGCCAUGGCGGUGAAGACAUCACUGUGGAAUUUACAUAUGAGCAUCUAAGUGCAUUGCUACAUCUAACUGUCUGGGUGCCUCGUCUGCCUCUACGCAUGGAGAUCUCCGACACCACCUUGAGUCAGGUGAAGGGCUGGAAAGCACGUACGCAUUCAGAAAAGAGGUACUGCUCACACGUCUUGUUAGAGCUGUUACUUCUGCUUUCACAGAGAACAAGAGAUCACUGUGUUGGCAAAAUGAUUGGUCAAGACUGCUGUCUUGCACAUUACAGUGUUGAAGCAGUUGCUGUGAUCUGGGGAGGUUGGUCUUUGUCCGGUCCACAAACUGAUGUCAAUGACUCUUCAGACUAUGAUGAUGAUGGUGGCCAAAGUGAGCUUGCUCAUAUUUUUUACCUUGUUCGUCUUGGCUUAUUACAUCCACAAGCCAACCCCACAGGUACUGUACACGCUCACAAUGUUAAAGAAAUUAAGGAAUGGCUACAAGUUAAAUAUUCAUUCAAAACCAAAAUGAACUUUGACAAACAAUAUGCGACUGGUGGUUCCUAUCGAUCUAAACUGGAUGAUUUGUACAAAAUGAUGUACAAAUAUAGAACAUACAUGAUAGAAAAUGAAUAUUUGAAUGAAUGUAUUCUAAGGGAAAUUGUGCCCAAGGGACUUCGGGUGUACAAAUUUCCCAACAAUGUACAGUAUGACUCUGACUUUUAUAAAGAGCUUGUCGAAAUAUUUAAUAAGUGUGGCUUAGACAUGUUGCGAUUAAUGAUUAAAGAAAAUGUUAGAUGUCAGGAAUUAUUACAAAAAGAAAUUGAUCAAAUAGAUCAGCAAAUAAAAUCAGAUUUAAUAUUUAGCAUUGAGGAAAAAAACGCUAAAUAUUUUGGUCUAAGGGAGGAUAUUGACAAAAAAUGUAAUGAACUGGUUAAUAGAAAAAUGAAUAAAAUGGAAAGGGAUAUAAGGGACUAUGAUAGUAAAACUUGUUAUCCAAAACCUAGAUUUCAAUACAAUAAAUACAAUGGAUAUAACAAAGUAACAUCCUUUGAUGUAAAUGAAAAUAAUAGGAAUGAUAACAUUGGUUGCGAUAAUUGUCAGGAUUAUGAGAGAGAAUACCCGCCUCUACGCAUCAUUGAUUUAUUUUCUUCCAUACCAUAUAAGGAAGGGAUGGAAUUGUUGGAAGAAAUAGUUUAUGAAGAUACAAAAUUAACGCAAAAUGAAAAAUUAGUACUUUCUCCUGUCUCCAAGUCAAUACUGGCAGAGCAGACAGUGAUUGUAACUGAGGAGAAGGUGACUUUGACAGAGCUGCAAGUUCAACUGGUUUCAGGCAUUUCACUCUCUUUGAGACCAAGUCAUGGACAGGACCGAGUUUUUCUAGCUUCCACUACAGCACAGGAAACACUACAUAUGCCAAAACAGGAGGCUGCACUUAGCGUAUGGCUUGCUUUCAGUGAUCACACAAUGUCUCCACUGCAGCUGUACAGCCAGUCUGAUUACAUCUUGACUGUGUUACCUGAGGAUCAAGAGAUGAUUUCGAUACAUCAGGACCCAGCAAAUCCAAAUCCUAUUGUUGUGGUGAAGCAGGAGGGCUACAGGAUUCCCCUGAGACUGGAAAUGGAGGCUGUGGUGGCCUGUCAGCGUCACAAACGUCGCAGUGUGCUAGCAGCAGGAAGGAUGUCUGUUAGUGUCAGGUUCAAUUCUACUCGUGGGGUAGGAACAAAGAAGCAGAGCAAUGAUGGAGUAGAUACUGGUCAGAGUGGGCAUGAUAGAGCAGAUACAGGGCAGCAUAAUCACAGGCAUAAGGGCAGCAAGCAAAAGUCCCAAGGGCAGGGUUCCAUGGGAGGAACUGCGUCUCAUACCGAACACCCCGUAGGACGGGAAGAAAGUAGCAUCAAAGGUGCUAGUAAAACAAGAGUGAAUAUCUUUGAUGGAAACCAUAUUGGGGAAGAAGACUGGCUCCUCAGCAGGAAGAGACAAAAUUCAGAAAAUACUUCCCCUGAUUCUGAGGCUCCACGAACUAGGCAGCAUGUGCCAAGCUAUGAUGGGAAAUUUCCAGUUGAAACAAGUCGACCAUAUGAUGAUGGAUUUUCAAAGAGCAAUUAUCCUGUACUGGAUUACUAUGAUACAGAGUUUGAUGAUGAUGAGGAAGAAGAACUUGUGAAGACUCCUAAAAGUCAUACUGAGUUGGAAAUUGGACUGUAUGUCCUCCUGGGAGUGUUUUGUUUAGCCAUCCUUGUAUUCCUGGUGAACUGUGUUAUGUUUAUCCUACGAUACCAGCAUAAACAGAUUCCAUCAGAGGCUGUUGACAUUGGAAGACCACCUCAGAACUGGGUGUGGCAAGGAAAUGAGAAUGAUGCAGCAGGUAGGCAAGUGGAACUUCUGUUUCAAAGUAGUGACAGAGUGUCAGCUACUAGUCCAGAUGCUUGUUCCCCUGGUCAUGCUUCAGCAAACUUGGAAAAUGGAAGAGAAUGUAGCACUGGGGAUGCAGGUUUGAGUAUUGUUGCCACUACUGGCUCGCCAGAGCUGACAGAGAAACCCGCAGAGACUUCUUGCUCCACAGUUACAGACAGCACCUUGUCAUGUUCUGCUAAUGGGAUCAUAAGUAAGUGCAGCCAGGAUGCUACAAGUGCCAUAAGCCUACAGCAUGAAGACAAAGACUCACCACCUUAUCCAACAAUUCCUUUGAGUUUUCAAUCAGAAGCUAAGCCGCAUGAUACCAUUGGAAUACAGAAUCGACAAUGGACAUAUGGGCCUUCCCAGAGUACCUUGAAGAGGCUGCCAGGAAACGGUUGUGGGCAAAGGGAAGGCAACCACAGUAUUCCUAAAGGCUUUCUUCAAGACACCAUGGGACACUCGGAGGGUAUUGCCGGCACCUUUGAACGCAUUAAACUGGGGGAGGACUUCCAGACUGUACGACGCAAGCGGGUGCAUUUUACUACAUUUCUGCCAUCACCACCCAGUGAUACACCACCUGCUGCCCAGCCAGACACCCACUCAAUCUUGGUGGCCAGUGAAGAAGAUAUUAAGUGGGUAUGUGAAGAUAUGGGACUGAAGGACCCAGAAGAACUGAGGAGCUACAUGGAAAAGAUCCGUGAGUCUGCAUGAAACUAAUGAGGCUUCCACCAUUUCUAUUUUCCAGAUGACACUGUCUGCAGUGGUGCUGAAAAGUAGGGGACUUAAGACAAACUUGUAUGUUUCCUAUACUUGUCUUUGUCUCUGUCACUGCUCAUUCCAGUAUCUUUCUGGUCUACAGCCAAACCCGCUCCUCCUUAAUGUGGAUCAGAAAUCUUCCACAGAAGUUUGAUGGGAUACAAAGCAUCAUCUAUAUCCUAGAGGCAGGUCAGAGGCAAGGUCAACAUACAGUCAUUAAAACUAGUUUUAUUUACGACUUAUGUCCUUUUUACAACCUUUUUAUAUUUGUCUUGUUAACUUGAGUUUGUUCAUUGCUGUAAAUGACACCCAUAAAUUGGGUCAUUAUGAAAUGUUAAGAACUUUGAAGCACAUUGUAGGGGCAAGGGGAGGGUUAUCUCCUUUAGUUCAGAAGAAUACAUUCCUAACAGGGGGCAGGUUUCCCCACUAAUGCUGGAGUUUUUUAGUCUGUGUUUUGUGCACUUUUAUUUGUAUUUUUGAGGGGGAUGUAUUUCAUAUAACAGCUAUCUAUUCAUACUAAGACCAAAACUUGAGUUUACAGUGUUUCAGCUUACACCUUGAGUGCAUUUUGCUAGUCAGUAGGUGGAAAAGAGGUUAUUGGCAACAGCAUGAAGGAAGAUGGAUGAGGCUGAUGUUAUGAUAACAUGGGGGAGGGGGAAAGACAAACUCUUCUAGAGGCCCAGACACUCUUGAUUACAUAACAAGAAAAAAAUUAAAAACAGAAAUUGGCUUAAUUUUGCAGAAGACAUUGUAAUCUUUUUCCUGUGUUGCUGGUACCUCAUUCACAAAUUUAGCGGCAUUAGAAGAAUUUUGCUGAGUACAGUUGAGCUCAUAUGUUAGUGUUAACCUCAGAAACUAGGUGUGACAUCCCAUUCUGCUGUUGAUGAACUGUGCCACAAGAACUUCAGUGGUAAACAAAUGGUGAGUGGAAUAACCUCUACCAUCUUUCUGUAUGGUACGUGAUUAACAAGUUAGAAGGUAUUAAUACUUGGUAGGAAGAUAAAAAAACAAGCUAAGUAAAAUUUUCCUAUGUUGAUUUUGUAACGAAUAAAAACACCUUUUUUAUUUCCGAA